AUGAAACAUAAUCGAUACAACAAACCAAACUACCCUUACUCUUACAGACCCUCACCAUGGGCCUAUGAUGAAUAUUCUUACGGACGGGAUCAUAGAUCUCAAUCUUGGACGAACGGUUCGAGAGCUCCAAGUCCGCCGAGGUCUCAAAGAUGGAGACCUCCGCCGCCGAAACGUAAACAAAACGGCGGAUCGCAUUCCGAUGCUAAAAAAUCGAAAAAAGACGAUAAACCUUCAGGUAUACAAAUGUUUGUAACAACUGUGGAAUUUCCAACUACAAGUUUAACCGAAGAACAAUUGGAACUAUUACAAACCUCAAUUCUAAACGAAAUUACAAAAAUUGCCGCCGAAGAUUUCCAUCCUCAGUUUCUAGAUUGCUUCAAAAGAAGAGGCAAUCUUAUCAUCGUUUGCAACAACCAAGAUAGUGUGAAUUGGCUGAAGACAACAGUGCCUACUUUAGCCCCUUGGGAGGGUGCUCAAUGCAAGGCUUUAGAACCGAGCGAAGUACCAAAUUUGAUGGAUAUUCUUAUAACUAUACCUGGAGACUUGGAUGCUGAUACUUUACUACAUCGGAUCGAAAAACAAAACGAAGACAUCCAAACGGCCAAUUGGAAUUUGACUAGCAAAAAACAAGAUGAAUCCAAGAAAAAUACCACGUACACGUUUGCCGUUGAAGAGAACGUCGUCGAACAAAUUAAAAAAUUAAAUUACAAACUUUUCAUCAACUUUUCAAGAAUUCAUGUCAGAUAUUUGGGUUCUUUGAGAUCGAAAGAUAAAAGCAAAAGCGAAAACGACGAAGUAAAAACUGACGAAGCGGAAGAAAAAACCGAAGGAGCGGAAAUAAAAACCGAAAACGCAGAUGCCGCAACCGAAGAACUCAAUAUCGAUCCGGAAGAAAUAGUUGGAUCAUUAACUAAUGAAGAACUCAAAGCUGUCACUGAUGCAAAUUGAUGAAAUCACUUUUUUAGAUCCAUUUUCAAAUUUUUUUUUUAUUUUUAAAUAAACUUUUCCAUUUUUUUCAAAUGAUUUCGAAAUAUUGCUUUUUAAAGAGGAGUAAACCUCGUAAAACCAUCCCCAUUACUAAGGUGUGAGUAAUCGUGCCGAAGGUAUGUAAGAUACUUGGGUUAACAGUAUCAGAAACGAUACCCUUGGGACAUCAGGCGCAAUCCCAUUGAAAUUUAGCCUUACCUCCGCAAGCGGGGCUCUGUGGAGGUGUACUUCUAUUCCCUAGCUACUCGUGGGACAUAAUAUGAAACCUAAUUAUCGCAAUCAAUCAAACCAACCGUAUUCGGGAGCUUCAGGAGCAUACCGAAGAGCGGGAAACUCUCCAAGAGGAAAA